AUGCUGUCAAUGACCUCCGUCGUCAAGGCGGCAAACUUUAUCUUGUCCAGACCCACAUUAGCCAAGAUAGUGGUUCCUAUUGCUAAAAAAUUCACCGCUUAUGCUGGAUAUAGGGAGAUGGGAUUGAAAUUUAACGAUAUCAUCAUGGAAGAAAACCCUGUUAUGCAGACAGCCCUCAAGAGAUUACCACCAUCAUUGAGUUACUCUAGAAAUUACAGACUUCUUACUGCACAUCAAUUAGCUUUGUCACAUCAACUUUUACCACCAGAAAAAGCCGUCAAACCCGAGGAGGACGAUCACUACUUGGUGCCAUACAUCUUGGAAGCAGAGAAAGAGGCGUUUGAGAGAGCUGAAUUGGACAACAUCGAAGUGAAGGCCUGA